AACGCUAUUCACCCCCCUGUAGCGUUGGGCCUUUAUUCUAAGAAUUGGUGGUAUCGGAGCCUUACUCUCUGAAAGACUUAACCGUUUGAGAGAAACGAUAAAUGGCUUCUACUCAAAACUUAUACGCAGGUUUAGGAGAAGGGCAAUCCACCACGAGGCCUCCAUUAUUUGAUGGAACAAAUUACACAUAUUGGAAGGAGCGGAUGAGAAUUUUCAUCCAAUCCAACAACUUUCUCCUAUGGAGAAUUAUCAAGAAUGGGGAAGAAGUGCCCAUGAAGAAAGUUGGGGAAACCACCGUUCCCAAAACCGAAGAUGAAUACGAUGCGCAAGAUAUCAAGAAAAUAGAGAACAACGCCAAGGCUAUCAACAUUCUUUACUGUGCAGUAAAUCCGGACGACUACCGGAAAAUUUCAUGUUGUUCGACCGCUAAGGAUAUGUGGGACAAGCUCAAAAUCACAUAUGAAGAUACGAAUCAAGUCCGAGAAGCUAAGAUAGAUUUUCUAACCCAUGACUAUGAAUUGUUUCGUAUGAAGGAGAAUGAGAAAAUCGAUGAGAUGUUUGAACGAUUCUCCAAAAUCGUUAAUGAUCUCCAUGCUCUCAAGAAGACGUACACGGACAAGGAGCUUGUGAGAAAAAUCCUGCGAAGUCUCACACUGGAGUGGCGCUCCAAAGCUGAUGCCAUUCAAGAAUCCAUCGGCAUCACCAACGUCACCAUUGACGGAGUUAGAGGUAAUCUCAAAACCUAUGAGUCUACCAUUCUUUAUCCCUCUCUAGGUGAACAAAAGAAGAAUGGGAUUGCCCUCAAGGCAUCUACAAGCCAAGAACGUGCUAUGGAAGACUCGAGUGACGAAGACGAGUUCGGUAUCGUGCUCAAGAAAUUCCAUAAGUUCAUGAGCCAAGAGUAUGAACGGAAAGGAAAGAAGCAAGGAAGUCCACCCAAAUGCUAUGGGUGUGGAGAAGUUGGGCAUAUAAAACCAAAAUGUCCAAAAGCCAAGAACAAGAAGAAAAUGUUCAAGAAGCACCGAGCCUACAUCUCAUGGGGAGGUGAUUCCGGCGACGAGUCAUCGGAAGGCGAAGAAAAUGAAAGCGCCAACCUUUGCCUCAUGGAACACGAGGAACCACCAGAAGAUGAGGACACAAAAACAAUUCAUGCGAUGAUUCACAUCGCCAAUCUCAAUUGGUGUAAAUUUGUGAUGACUCACAUGUUCAAUGCCACCUCCGACAACCAGCCGCUCCCCUAUGCUCUGCUUGUCAUGGCGGUCCUUGAUGUGUUCCACAUCAAGACGGAUGUCGGGCCAAAAUGCAAAGGAACAAAGUAUUGGGAGAUUGACGAGUCUUCCUUCCACCCGGGAACCGAUGAAGCUACGUUCCCGCAGCCACGUCCUCGCUGCCAACCGAGAGCCACUGCCUCAACUGCCACCGCUUCGACCAAUCCUUCUCUCGCCAAGCAAAUGGCAGCCUUGACCGCCACUCUCUCUCGGAUUGACACCAACAUCUCCCAAACGGCCCAAAAUGUAAAUAUUUUGAGCCGAGAGCUUCACGGGUACUUUGACUUUGUCAAUUACCCUUACGCUCAAAUGGUCCCCUACGCUCCUCCACCGAAUGUCGGGGGUGCACCAAGCGGGACUAAUAACGUUGGGGGAGAUGAAGAGGUAGACGAUGAGGAAGAGGAAGAAGAAGCCGAAGAUGAUGAUGAUGAUGGCGAUGGUGAUGAAGAUGAAGACGAUGAAGAAGAAGACAUUGACGAAAACCAACUUCUCAAUGAUCUUUCACUGGACUUCUAGAGCUCUAGCUCUAUUCCCUUCUCUUCUUUAAUUUUUUUUUGCUUUUUAAAUUUGUUUCCGUUAUGUACUCCGCUAUUUCCCUUAAAUAAUUAAUAAAAAUCUUUAUGGUUU